GCUCUAUGUUUAUAAUGAAUCAUUUAAAAAGAAGAAGAGGUAGAGAGUCAUCUACUUUUGUUCCUUUCUAUCACUUCAAAAAGAAAGAGAAAAGGGAAUUUCCCUUUAUGCAUUGACAGUUUGGUGGGUUUUUUUUCCUUGGAUAUAUAAAUCCAUGAGCUAUUCUUUAUCUUCUUUCUCUUUAAUCUAUUUUCAUGAAUUAUCCUUCACCAGCAGUCCUUAAGUAUUACCAAGACUUGCUUGGUAGCGUUAUUGCAGACGAAGUUGUGUAUGAUGCCUUAAAUGACAACACAAGGGAAUAUUUUCGACACACGGCAUCUACCAUUGUCUAUAUGAGUAUAUGUCUUACUUGCUCUGUAUGGCAAAUUAUGGCUGCUAUCGAACUCGUCUGGAGAGUACGUAAAUGGCUUCAUUUUACAGUUUUGUUUGAAACAAUCUUGUCUUUCAUGGUGAUCUUUUGUAGUGUUCUCAAUCCAUUGACAGAUCUCAGCUGUGAAUUUGUAAUAUCCUCGAUGAUGAUCUCCAUGUUCUUACACUGUCAUUUCAAUAGAGAUUCUGGGUGUCUAUCAUUUCUGUGAAUUUAGGUGGUUGCUGUAUCCAAACUAUCUUGCUCUAUAAAGCUUAUAUCUGCUAUGGUAAAGCAAAGUGGUUGAUCUUGAUUGGUUCUGCUAUCAACUUGGGAUACAUUGCUUUAACCAUCGUCUAUGCCACUUUAGCCAAGGUACCCACCUACAAGGAUUUCAUGGGAAACUGUGUAGUAAAGUGAUUCAUACUGAUGCCUAUGAUGAUAGACUUACUUUUUUUUUUUUUUUUUUUUUUUUUUUU